GUGUGAGUUUUUCUUUUUCAAGAGAUGGGAAAUUGUGGUUCGGUUCGUAAAACCCAAGACUCUUCCCCUAAGUCACAACUCAAAUGCUCAAGCUUUUCUAGGACAGGAUGCAUCCUCACUGAACGGCCUAUUCAAGAAAACACAAUUCGUACCGUGAUGCCCGGUGCAAGCAGUUUACGAGAACUAAUAAAUGGCAAAGAGGAUAUGCAAUUUUCUUCUGACCCCAGGUUAGAAUCUGAUUGUGAAGAUUUCUUCAGUGUCAAUGGUGAUCUUACCCCAUCCAGCACCAAUACUCCAAUCCACCAAAGCAGCCCCAUAAAAUCCCCUGCAACUGAUGUGAAAAAGCAACUGAUUGAAUUGUUUCAUGAAAGCUUCAAUGAUGAGGCUGGCCAUCAAGAUUUACAUUAUGAGUCCGAAGCAGAAUCUUCUAUUUUUCACCUGCCACAAAAUUCAGCAAACAAAACCCCAUAUGAAUCUGUAGCAGAUAUAGUUUUCAGAACUGUGGCGAUUUCAAACGCAAAUUCCGAACCCAGGACUAGAAAAAAUACACAGUUUGCACAAUGCUGCCUGCCAAAGUUGGUGCGGAGCCUAAGCUUCAGUGAGAGGAAGAAACGCUGAGUGACAAAGAAAUCCAGGAUGUCAAAAUUUUCCUUUUAUUGCUUAGUUAUUUUCGUCUUGGUGGCUGAAUUGUAAUUCUGAAACAAUCUAUAUAAAUGUGUUUAUGUGUGAGUUGUAUUGUAUUUAUUAAGAACAUCUGUAAAAUAGUACAAAUUCUGAUGCUUUAUACU